UCACAUGCUCAUAUGUUUCACCCUUUUUCACAUUUCAACCAACCCAAUAUUCUUUCAACCAUUUUCCCUCUUCUCCUCCCUUCCCUUCCCAUCCCCAGCUUACCUUCCAUACUCUCCCUCUCUCGCUCUCUCUCUCUGUAAGAAUCGCCAUAACCACCACCUUCCACCGCUGCCCAGAAGCAGAGCAUCGUCGCCAUCGGACGGCUAUCAGUCAGCCAUAUCACAAGGCCAUCAGUCGAUACUACUCGAGGACGGAUCAUGAAGAUACAGUGCGAUGUGUGUGGCAAGGACGAAGCGGCGCUGUUCUGUACGGCGGAUGAGGCGGCCAUCUGCCGCGGCUGCGACCACCGCGUCCACCACGCCAACAAGCUCGCUUCCCAGCACCAGCGGUUCUCCCUCCUCUCCCCUUCGGCUAAAGAUUUCCCUCUCUGCGAUAUCUGUCAGGAGAAGAGAGCGUUCUUGUUCUGUCAGCAGGACAGAGCAAUCCUCUGCUGGGAUUGCGACGUCCCGAUCCACACGGCCAACGAGCACACCCAGAAGCACAACCGAUUCCUCCUCACCGGCGUCAAGCUCUCCGCCACUUCCACGCUCUACUCCGCGGCAGCUGGCCCGCCCGCUUCCCUUGGCUUCGACACAGUCCCCGAGUUCCCGGCAGAGGCAUUAUCCGUCAAGAAGCCGCCUGCCUCGGCCUCUUCUUCCCAGCAGCUGCCACCGCCAACAAAAUCUGCUAGGACAGCCGCUUCCGUGACUUCUCCAGCAGCUAUCCCGAAGGUAGGGAACAGCAACAACCCGGGAUCGGUGGCGGCCAGUCAGGGGAACGGCUCCACGAGCAGCAUAUCGGAGUACCUGAUCGAGAUGCUUCCCGGGUGGCACUUCGAGGACUUUCUUGAUUCCUGCUCUGCUUCCUUUGGUUUCUGUAAGAGCGGCGACGAUCGUGAUGGGUUGUUGCCACUGGUGGACGGUGAUGACAAGACAACCAGCUCCUCCAUGUCAUCUGAAAGUCUGGGAAUUUGGGUUCCUCAAGCUCCAAACCCCCUCCCCCAUGCCGCCCCGACCAUUGAUCAGUUCGCUGCACAGAUCAAUGGAUUCAAGGAUGCAGCAGUCGCCAUGAAACACAACAGUAACAACAGCAAUUACAGGUGGAGCGAUGACAGUUUUGCAGUCCCCCAGAUUAGGCCUCUUUCCUCAGGGUGGAAGAGAUCAAGGCAGCAUUUUUACUAGAUUUUCAGGAACAAUCUCUGUCAACAACAGACAGACAAAGCUGAUGUCGUGUGCUGACAUAUGGCCUUCUUUCUUAGUCCUUCACCUUCCACCUCGUUCUUUGCCCUUUUUGUUGCUUCUCUAUCUCUGAGGAUCAGGUCUCAUAAUUUUGUCUCCUUCCUAAAUGCUGUGUACUGCAAAAUUAAGAACGUUCUGUAAAUACAUCAUCUUUCGAUGGGACUUCCAUUUGCCCGUCGAUCUUUGC